UCUCGCCCCUACACGACAGCGUUCCGCCUCUCACCCAAUCCCUGAGCGCUCCCGAGACCCGGUCCCGCCUCCUCCUGACGUCCCCUGCCCUCACCCAAUCCCGGCCCUCAUACCGCGCAUGCCCGGUCCCGCAGUUGUUGCAGGAGUCUACAUCGUCGCCUGAGGCGGCGCGCAGCGGGUCCGGGAAAGAUGGAGGAGCUGCUGAGGCGCGAGCUGGGCUGCGGCUCCGUCAAGGCCACUGGCCACACAGGGGGCGGGUGCAUUAGCCAGGGCCAGAGUUACGACACCGACAAAGGACGGGUGUUUGUGAAAGUGAACCCCAAGGCGGAGGCCCGAAGAAUGUUUGAAGGUGAGAUGGCGAGCCUCAAUGCCAUUCUGCGGACAGGCACGGUGAGGGUGCCCAAGCCCCUUGUGGUCCUUGACAGCCCUGGCGGUGGGAGCAUGCUUGUAAUGGAGCAUGUGGAUAUGCGGUACCUGAGCAGUCACGCUGCAAAACUUGGAGCCCAGCUGGCAGAUCUGCACCUGGAGAACCAGAGGCUCGGAGAGGCGCUCCAGAAGGAGGGUGGCACUGUGGGGAGAGGACGUGGCCAGGUGGAACGUGCCUUUGUCGACCAGUUUGGGUUUGAUGUGGUGACCUGCUGUGGAUACCUUCCCCAGGUGAAUGACUGGCAGAAGGACUGGGUUGUAUUCUUCACUCGGCAGCGCAUCCAGCCCCAGAUGGAUAUGGUGGAGAGGGCAUCCGGGGACCGGGAGGCCCGUGAGCUAUGGGCUGCCCUGCAGCUGAAGAUCCCGGACCUGUUCCGGGACCUGGAGGUAGUCCCUGCUCUGCUCCAUGGCGACCUCUGGGGAGGAAACGUGGCCGAAGAUGCCUCAGGGCCUAUCAUUUUUGACCCAGCAUCUUUCUAUGGCCACUCGGAGUACGAGCUGGCAAUUGCUGGCAUGUUUGGGGGCUUCAGCAGUGCCUUUUACUCUGCCUAUCACAGCAAGAUCCCCAAGGCCCCUGGGUUUGAGAAGCGGCUGAAGCUCUACCAGCUCUUCCACUACCUGAACCACUGGAACCACUUUGGGUCGGGGUACCGGGGGUCCUCCCUGAACAUCAUGCGGAACCUUGUCCGGUGAUCGCGCUCUCCUCGUGGGUCGCCGCAGGGGCCUGCAGGGACCCAGGUUCACGUGCAUGUGAGUUCUGGUCAGAGGCCACCACAGGUCCCCAUUUCUCACUCUUCUUGCCAUGAUCUCUCACUGGGAUAGCUUACGACCAACUCGGCAGCUUGUUUUCAGCCUCGUAAAGUACAGGUUUCAGAAAAAGCUUUUGUUGUCCUGAAGUCGUGUUAGGCUGAAUAGCAGAUAAAGCCACACUAGAACGGGGACGCAACCAGGGCCUGUGGUGCACAGGCAGCCCAAGCCCCGCCAGCCACCCAGAGUUGGGGAAUGGAGAGGACGGAGCACUCCCUGCUGCCCUGGCACACCUCUCCACGUCCUCCCUGCCCCGUGUCCAGGGUGUCUUUGAGCGGUUCUCAAGGAUGCUUCGUGGGGGUGGCACUUCUGGACACAAAACCAUCAGUCAGAAGCUUCUCACAGGACCAGCUACAGAACUGAGCACAUUCCAUGAUCCGCGUGUCACUUCAGCCCUGCUCCCGCUGGACGGGUCUGAACAUGGGCACUGGCGUGGCCUGACCCUGGGGUGUCCUCCCGUGAACAUUGGAGCUGUUCAGUGCUUACCCCACCUGUCUGCUUUCUAAAACCUGGGGGUGGUCACUCCUUUGCAGCAUGGAAAGUGAGUGCUACACCCGUGAUUGUUCCUCCGUUAGCGUUGCCUGAUGAGGUCAGUCUUUCCUGAAUGGCACUAACACUAGAAAUCCUUUUCCAUAAAAGUUUGAAUAAACUAUUCUGUGGUUUCAAUGA